GAAAAAGCGAGAUCACGAUUGUAAACAAAGAUGGCGGACGAUCAGAAAAAAGCAGUUCUGAAAGAAUUAACACAAAGAUUGCCUAAAACAGAGACUCACGCCAGUAAUGAUGCUCAAAAAGAGCAUGCAAACAUAAGUUCGACCUCUAAUUCAAACAUGAAACAAGCCAACACAGCCUCAAGUAGCAAAGUUAGGGAUACAAAUGACUAUGAAAAACCACUUCCGCCUGUGCCAAAAAAUGAUGAUGAUUCUGCCUCAUCUGCUGAUGAGGAAGUGAUUGCUGAAAUGCUAUGUCCAAGAAUCAAUUGUCCUGAGAAAAUAGUUAUAUGCUUAGAUCUCUCAACUGAGAUGGACAACAUGACCUUUAGAACCAAGUCAGGAACAGCAUUUUCUCCCCUGAAACUUAUAAAAAGAGCCCUAGGUAUAUAUGUCAACUUGAAGUCCAGAAUUGACAGUAGACAUCAGUUUGCAUUGGUCUUCCUCAGGGACCAGGCCCUCUUGAUGGGCAACCUGACAACAGACCCACAAAGAUUUCUGGAACUGCUUGAGGGACUGAAUACUACUUAUGAAGCAGACUCAUUUGACAUGACUUCACUUUUCAAUUCAGUAUGUGAUAGGCUUGAUUUGCCUAAGAUAGACAAUGUAGCCUUGACUCCACCACCUUAUAUUAUACGUACAAUAUUCAUAUAUGGAAGAUCACACACAAAACCUCAUUUCACAGAUCAGCAGACCAGACGAAUGUUACAGUCAUCUCCAUAUUUCUUCUUUGAUGCAUUCUAUAUCCAUGAGACACCGGGAGAUGACAAUGAUUGUGAGGCCAUAUAUGAUUACAUCUGUGACUUGGAUGACAAGGGACAUUCCUAUGUGUUUGAGGUUUCAAAAAAUCCAACUAAACUCUAUGACUGUAUGGCCCAAUUUCUAGCCCAUCCCCUACAGAGACCAUUACAAAAGGACAUUUCUUAUAAAAUUGAGGCCAGGGAAAAAUGACAGCCAUCUGAAUUUGUGUUGAAUGAGGUGGUGACAGUGCAAUGACAGCAAUGAGGUGAAAAUAGAGAACCUAACCAACAAGUCUCACACUGAGAAAAGUUGCUGCUGCAUGUAAUACUAGUAUGUAUUAUGACAUGAGUAUGAGAGGUCCCAGUUCAUGGAUGUUCAUCCUCCUCUCUAUCAAUGGAGAUGUCUGAAUCUGAAGAUGACUAAGGUGCUAUUUAGGGAGAUGGAAUAGAAUGUGAUUUAAUAAACAUUCUUAUUUUUCUAUGUUAACAGUCAACUAUGACAUGUUUAAUAUGUUUGGAAAAUCCACA